AAAAAGACUAGACGUUGGCAGCUGGCAGUUAACAUGGAAACGUACUCGUACUAAAACUUUGCUUGGACCGUGGCUCUGCCUCUGCCUUUGGUUUGGUUAAAGAACAUCAGCUGUUGCUCAAUAUUUUUAUGCUACAGACAAGAUGGCAGGGGAGGAAGAGAAUGGUGAGAAUGGCUUCAUCAUAGAUUCUGCCAGGCUCUCUACAGAUGGCACAACAGAGGAUGGUGGUGAUGUCACCGAAGAGGAAGGAGGUAACAGGGUAGACACUAAGACGAUGAGUUCUCACAGCAAGGAAGUAGAAAUGAUCCUCAAGUCAGCCAAAGCGGUUCAAGCCAUCGCAGUGGACCUGAGCAAGAAAGGAUUGGUUAAGAUACCCGAGGAGCUUUAUGGCAUGGAUCAUGUUGAGUUCCUGUAUUUAGAGGGGAACCUUCUGCAGAAUAUUCCACCUGAACUAUUUGAGGAGGUAGUGAAUGUCAAAUGGCUGGAUCUCAGGAAUAAUAAUAUACAUCACCUUCCUCCUGAGAUCGGCUGCCAUCGGUGCUUGAAGACUCUAUUACUGGAAGGGAAUCGCAUAUCAGAGCUACCACCAGAAAUGGGUCAAGUGAAGUCUCUGACUGGCCUUAAUCUCCGGGGUAACCCUAUUGAGUUUCCACCUCAGAAGACGAUAGAAAAAGGAGUAAAAGAGAUACUACGCUACCUAAGAGAGGCGAUGGCUAUAAGGGGUCGAAGGCUUCAGUCGGCUGAACUGCGAAUUGAGGACCUGAACCUAAGUGAUGCUGCUUCUCAUUCCUCUGGGAGUGAGAAUGAAUAUGAGCCAAAGAAUCGCCUUGACCCUUCCGAGCGUCUCAAUCACAUUCAGUCAUCCAGCAGACUGUCUAUCCGGUCGAGUAUGAGCAAUACGUCGGAUCUAGAGUUUCCCCGGCCCAAGUCUGUCUCGCUGCACAAACACAUGACAUAUGAGGAGUAUAGACAGCUUCAGUACCAGAAGUUCAAGAGAGCCGGGGCGUUAGGGGUUCUCGGGAAAGACAACAUGAGACAAAUAUCAUCAGGAAGAAGGAGAAAAAAGAAACAGAAGCAGAAGAAGAUUCACCCUCCUCCCAUUGACCCAGUGCAAGCCAAGAUGGCGGAAGAGAGACGACUGGCCAAGCUGGCUCAGCUCAAACAGAAACAGCUUGUGAUGGAACAGAAAAGAAAAGACCAGCAGCUCUUGGAAGACUGGAGGCAGGAGACGAAAGAUAUGCAGCGGAAGCAUUACAUCAGGGCUGUUAAAAAUGCUCAGCAAGGUCUUGGAUGGAAACAGGGUUUUGUUGUUGACCCUGAACUGAAGAUGCCAUACGAUACGAACCCAAAUUAUAUGAAAAUGAUGAAUAGAGAGGAUAUGAUCAAGGUGGAAGUCAAGAAUAAGCAUGAAGCAUUGAAGAAUAUGAUCACCCCUGAUGAACAAAGAAGAAUAGACCAAACCAAGAUGGAACGAGAUAGGCAGCUGAUCAAUAAGAUUAAAGAACACACUCAGAGAGUACAAGAAAGAAAAUCAAGACCUCGAGGAAACCCAACAAUGGAGAAAGAAGCAGCGCAAAAAGAUUUAGCAGAGGCACAGAGGCUUCAGCAAGCUCUUCAUCAUCGCAAAGACAACAUGGAAUAUCGCUUCAAGGCCUUCACUGGAGAUGAUGUCCCAUCGAUGUCAGUAACAAACACUUCAGGGUACAGACCCCAACAAAAGUGAAGGAUAUGAACUAUGUAACUGAUCUAAAUAAGACUGCAAUGAAUUGACUGCUUGAACCUUGAAUUUUCAACAAUCCUCCUCACUUGUAUUUGAUUUUAUGUACUUCAGGAUUGAAGAUAUAUUUUAAUAAGAGAGUUAUAGUUGCUUACAAGGCAUAUGGGCAUCAGCUUUCUUGCGGGAAAUGGAUAAUUAUUUGCUGAUCCCAGAGUUUCUAAAAAAGCAUUGGAAAUACCUGUAAAAGAAACGUCUUUGGGGGAAAGCAAACUUGGUGUUCCAGCAAUAGAUGCUUCGGCCAUCCCUGCUUAGCCUGUGACAACCAUCAGGCCAGGAAUAGUGAGAUAAUGACUUCAUACCAUGAGGCAACUUCCAGGAGCAUUUUAUAAUGUCUGCUAGUCAUGAAUCUUGGUCUAUUCUGGAUGAUUUAUAUCCAAAUGGUGUGUGCCUUUAAUCUUUUUGUAUAAGAACAUCCCUUCUUUAAAAAAAAAAAAAAAAGCAGUGGUACUACAAAGCAAAAGAAAACCUAAAUCCUUUGAUCGGCAAAGAAAAAAAAUUGAUAAAAAAAACCCAGCUGUAAAACACUUAUUCUUAGCCCCUACAUUGAAAAUAAAAAUAUAAAAUAAAAAUUAAAAUAUUUACGUAUAGUCCAUGUAUAUGAUAUACAACUUAUGACCUUUCACUCAUCCUGGAGCAUACGCCGUUGACAAUGUCUCCGGUCAUUGACUGCCUUCACCGCAGUCUGUCAUAUACUAGUAAUAUACAUUUAUCUCCCUCCCCGAAAAAAAAAAUUGUGCUUGUCUUUCAUUGCUCAUAUUGACUUUGGAUGCAACUUUCUAAUUGAGACCAAAAGUCAUUACAAAUGUUAGUACAUCUGAUAGAAGAGUGCUUAAGUAGUUCAUUUUGUGUAAAGCUAUAAUUUGAAGCUUUUAUUCUUUAUCUUGCCUAAGACUUAUGCUGUUCAUUUGAUCAGUGAUAUUUCUAGUCAAAUUUUGUUAUAAUUCAGUGUUAAAACACUAUGGUCUUACGUUUUAGGUACCGGUAUUUCAUAUUCCAAUCUUUAGUACACUGGUGCCAAACUUGUAUUACACCCCGGGUAUCUUCUCAAGUACAUGUACUGAGCUAUAAAACUCAUGGUAAUGGGUGUCCAUUCAUUCUUCACAUAUCGUAUUCUUUAAAUCUCCAAUCUAUUUGUUUGCUAUGCAUAACCUCCAGAUUAAUUUUUUUUUCUCUCUCAAGAAUGAAAAGCCUGUAUUAAAUUGUGUGUGUGCUCAAAACCUUGAAUGUUUUAUAGUAAUAUUAUAUGCCUUCUUUAUGAAAUUAUCUAUAGAUUAUUUGUGUGAAUGAAAUCAAAAGAAUGAAGUUAAUGUUUUGACUUUAUAUGAUAUUUUUUCUUGUAUCGACUUGAAAUAGCCAAACAUAGAAAUGGUUUGCAGUCAUGCAGAUGUACGUUUUAUAAACCAACAAAACUGCAGUUAUAUAUUUUGACAUUUUUGGGAGUAUUCUUGAAUUAUCAAGAAUAUUUCACAAAUGAUGAAAUCUGUCCAUUCAAAAUUACAUUAAUGUAGAUCAAACUUAUCUUCUUGAAGAAAGCAUGAAAGCUUGUAUCAAGUUUGGGUGAAUAUAAAGACUUAAUUUUCAAAAUGUGAAUUCAUUAGCAGAUAUAAAAAUGAAACAGUAUACCAUAAAAUACGUAAUGUGUGAAAGAUUCAAGAAAAAAUUGUAUUAUGGUGACUAGACUUUUGUAAGACUGGAUUGAUGAAAUGAUAGUCCAAUAUGAUCCUUGACGUUGCAUCAUUACUAAAGCUUUAUACAGGCCUUUGAAUGUGAUAUCAAUACAUUCCAACUAGCAAUAGUAUUAAUAUACUAUACAUAGCAUAGUGUUGUCUUAAGGGUGGGGGGUCAGUUUCACUGUUCAGAAAGUUUAUCUUGUAAAGUGAAAAGGGUAUUUCUUAGAUAUUUAUUAAUGUUAUGUGCCAUUAGUGCACCAGCUCUUGAAAGUUGUCAGCUCCAGCUUCAUUAUCUGGGGCACCGUUUCAUAAAGGACUAUCAACUGUUGUAACUUUGCCACUAUGUAACAGGGCUCAGAAGCCAAUCAAAUCAAGGCUACUACGGAAGUUGCCAUAAUGGCAAAGUUACAACAGUUGUAACUCUUCAUGAAACAAGCCCCAGCUGUGACAAUGUCAAUAAGGAAAUCUUUUGUUUUCAUUUGUCAAGAACUUUCUUUAACCGUAACUAUGUAAUUUGUAACUUUCUUCAUUCCAUUCUAAUAUUUUUUUUUCUCCUUCCACACAUUUAUGUAAAAAAAAAAGUUGGAUUUCCGUAUAUCCCAUUAGAGAUUGAGCUUGUAUAAUUGCUGGCUUGGGUCAAUGGAAAAUGUGUGUUAUAGCUUUAUCAGCCAGUCUCCAACAAGAAUAAGCUUGAUGUUCUUUCAUUUUUCUGCUGCAUUAUAUUUGUGUCAUCAAUUGCCAGUCAAUACUUUCAUGUAUACAUAAACAUAUAUUUGUAUGAAGUUGUAAAUAAAUUACAAUGACCACGAUGUUGUGAUAAUACAGAGAUUUUAUUCUGUGUCAAGCAGAUAAUAAAAUGU